UAAGAACAGCUCUCUCCAUAGCAACUGAAAACUUUGCAAGGCAGCAAUAAACUAAUCCUCUCCAGACUCCAGAGCACCAUCAAGGAAUUUUAAAAACAUUGGACUUCCAGCAGCUAAAUAAUUCUUAAGAUUCAGAAGGCCACGAAGCUAGAUACACAAGCAUUCUUUUUCCCUUCAGGAGAUUCCUCAGGUUUCGAGUUUAAGCUGUGAAGUGCAAGCAACAAUUCAACAGUCAGUGCGGAUCACGCACUGCAGGAAGAGGAGAUGUGUUUCCUGACCAAGCAUCCAGCUCUUGGGGUGGUAUGUUCUGCUUUCAUAUUCAGCGUGCUCAUUGCUGAAGGACAGCCUGGGGAAGAGCACGGGCAGGAUGGCAGCUAUGCUCCCAGCCGGGGCUCUCUGAUGGAAGUUUUACGCGUUCUUUCAGCUGACAACACUGAGCUCCACAUGAAUAACUCACGAGAAGUGGUCAAAGUGUUACUGGAGAGAGCUGAGUGUCCACAGCGGAUUUAUGGCAUGCGAGAGGAUUGUAAUCUGUGCCUUGAACCAGAUGCUUUGCUACUAAUAGCUGGUGGAGAUUCAGAAGGCCAUCUCAGCGAAGAAGUAUUUGAGAGAAUUUCUCUUAUUCUUCUCUACUACAUUCUUCAUCACAGAGAUGUAUGUUCUUCAGAACUACUCUUGAAUAAUAAGGAUUAUAAAUUCUACCUACAGAGCAUGCUUAGUUUAAGGCAUGAUGAAGACUGCUAUUAUUUUUCAAGGAAUGAAACUGAAGAUAUUUUGGCUGCAGUAAGGAAACAUUUUAAAACUUCUGAAACCCAGUGUGUUGAUGUGAGUACUCUGGAGAAAAAUGCUGAUAUAAUGGGCAGAGAUGGUGCUGAUGAAAACACUCUUCCACGCCUGGCUGCUUUAAUCAUUACUCUGGCUUUCCAAGGAGUCUGUAUGGGGAAAGCAAGUUUGCCCUCUCCAGAAUUCUUUAUAAAAUAUAUUUUUAAUUCUCUAAACAGUACCACUGAGCUCCAAGUGACAGAAUUAGAAGAACUCCUAAACCUGCUUACAGCCAAGAUCUGCACUGUAAAUGGGCAAUUCCACAGUCACAAAAGACAACGUUACAGCACUGCAACCAGAGAGACAGUAGCCAGAAAUAUUCUGGUCCAGGCAAACCAUACCAAAGGAAAUGAUCUCAAGGAUUAUUUUGAAGAUCGUGAAAGGAACACACGUUGGGAUCAGGUUUGCUUCUCUGCCAGUGAACUUGUGAAGAUAUUUUUUAGAAACAGUUCUUCCUCCAUUUCUGAGGACCACUUCAAGCAAAUCAGUCCAGCUAUCAUUCAGCAACUAUUAAGUUGCUCAUGUCAGCCUCCUGAUUCCAAGCGGGCAAAGCUUCUACCAACAACUUUGGAAAAAUAUGGAUACAGCACUGUGGCUGUUUUACUUAUUACUAUUGGAUCUAUGUUUGGUACAACUCUUAUUUUAUUUAACUCCUGUCAAGAAACAUAUACACUCAUUUUACAACUGUUUGUUGGUCUGGCUGUUGGUACCCUUUCUGGAGAUGCAUUGCUACACCUUAUUCCUCAGACUCUUGGUUUGCAUAAACAUGAAGCACAAGAAGUAGAACAUUUCUAUGAGGGUAAAGAAUAUAUUUGGAAACUUUUGGGAAUAAUUGGAGGAAUUCAUGGAUUUUUUCUGAUAGAAAAGUGUUUCUUUCUUUUGGUAACACCACGUGACCAGCAGGGUCUUUCUUUAGUUAAUGGGCACUGGGGACAUUCCCAUGAUCUUCCAGUGGAAUCUGAAUUAAAUGAACAUUCAGUCAGAGGCAAAUCUACUUCAACCAUACAGUUGAGAAGCCCAGAAGACUCUGAGUCUGCUGAAGUUCCUCCAGAGAACAAGGCGAUCAGCAAAAAAAGUAAGAAAAUUAGCUUGUUAGCAAUAAUGGUUCUGGUGGGUGACAGUCUUCACAAUUUUGCUGAUGGCUUGGUAAUAGGAGCAGCAUUCUCUUCCUCAACAGAAACAGGUGUGACAACGACUAUUGCUAUUUUAUGCCAUGAAAUUCCUCAUGAAAUGGGAGAUUUUGCUGUGCUGCUAAGUACAGGGCUCCCUACGAAGAUUGCAAUUUUGAUGAAUUUUAUAAGUGCACUUACAGCGUUCUUAGGACUUUAUAUUGGCCUUUCUGUAUCAACUGACCUAUGCAUUCAAAACUGGAUUUUUACUGUUACAGCUGGAAUGUUCUUGUAUUUAUCUUUAGCAGAAAUGCUUCCUGAAAUGACUCAUAUUCAGACACGGCGACCCUGGUUGAUGUUUCUCCUACAGAACCUUGGAUUACUAUUAGGCUGGCUUUGCCUCUUACUUUUGGCUAUAUAUGAACAGAAAAUUAAAAUGUAGGUUUUCUCUUGGAAAUCUUGAAGUACCACUUAUGACAGUGGAUAGCCUUAUUCACAAUGUUGUCAUGUCUGCUAUAGUGAUACAUAAAUUAAGUUACUGGGAUUUUUGUAUCUGAACAGUUGAUAACUAUUUCACUUUAUUAACUUAUUGUUCAGAUUUUGUAAUUUUAAUAUUUUUUUUUUGUAAACAUGAAUGUUUAGAAUUAUGUUUUAUUUGCUACUGAAUUUACCAGAUCCCGUGCUCAAACUCGCAGAAACUUUUGAUUAGUUUUUAUCAAGACUGUUCUAAUUCAAUGCUCUCUGCCAGUGAUCUCUGCCAGUCUGACUGAAAAAAGGAAUAAAACAUUUUCAUAUAAAAUAAUUAAAGUGAACUAACCAUAGCUGAAUAAUUUGAAGCAGAAGUGGUUUUUGCUUCUAAGUAAAAAGAAUAAAUGUAUUUCUAUAAAACUAAAAGGUAUAGUAAAUCUAAACUGUCAAAUGGUGUACAGC